GGGGCAUAACACGCCAGAGCUAGCAUUAUUUGUAACUAACACCAUUACACAACCUGCACCGCAAGGCAUUCUGCAAUGAUAGCUGACCGAAGCCUCUGUGUCCGUUUCAAGACAGCUUCCAGAAACACCUUGAUCCCAGCCAACCCCCUAACAAGAACGCCGGUCCCUAAGGUAUCAAGUGAUCCCCUUCUGGUCAAUUGCCACCGGGACGUAAUACAAUCUCUGCCUAAGUCAUGGUAUAGCCGGCUCCCGUAGCAGCAGCCAUGAAAUCCCACUGUCCCGGCGGCAGAUUAUCUCGACGUGGGGUGAAAUCAGCGGUUGCGGGUCGAGGCGUGGUGUCGGAAAGACUGGCCAGAGCGGGAUCGAGGUCAUCCUCGGGCUUUCUCUUCUUGGGUCGACCUCUCGGACGACUAGUAUUGGGCGGAUCAAGCACAUAUUCUUCCUUCAGCUGCAUCGAGACAUUGGGAUCAUACCCACGUUCGCGCGCCAGUUUUCGGAGGCCAGCCAGAGUCUUGGGGUCCAUACCCGUAACCUCCUGGAUUCUUUCAGACGAGAUGUUGGCCUCGGCCAGCGCGAGAGCCUGGAUUCGCACAGCCGUCGUGUGUUCCUGCAUCUUCAAGACCUUGGGGAUCUUGGCCUCUGCAGACCGGUGCGACCAGUCACUGCUUCGGAAAAAGGCGGCCGGGUCUGCCGCUUGACGCGUGAUACUAUUUUCGAUGCCUUGUUCUUUCAUUGCGUCAAGAUAAUUCUGGCAUCCCAGCAGGUGGACGCGCUGCCGCGAGGUGUGCUGGGCCAUCUCUCGGCCACAGUACUUGCAUCGUACCUGGGCGAGUUUCUGUGGUGGGUAGCAAAGCAGUUAGUUAACGAGGCCGUUGCGCGCGCCAUGCAGCCUGGAGGUGCAAUGUCUUGAGGUGGUCAGCUACCUGAGUGCCCUCCGGGUCCUGCGGAAUGAUUUCCCAUGCCGAAUGAGUCUCGGUGUCGCCAGGCUUGUUCUUGUACCCGCCGGAGCCUGGACCUCCCAUCUUUCAAGUUCAAUUUGGAUGAUUCGGUCAGUCAAGCGUUGGUGGUAAUCGGAUUGUCUUUUGACAAAGUGAUGGCGAGAUGACGGCGAGGUUGCCGGCGAAAAUGUGGCGGAGCCUGAGGUAUUACCUGCGCCGCGUCUUCAAAAGACAUAGUCACCACGCUAGUCCCGAUCGAGUCCCAAUAACAAUUGCAGUGCCAGUGUCUCGGCGCAUUCACCUGCAACUUCGCAGUCUUGGAGGAUUGCCCGACACUCGCGUCGCAAUGCAUCGCCGUCGUCGCAGUGAAAAUUGCCGAUGGUAUUCAUAACUUGAAGUCCCUGUGUCGCUGUUGAAAGCAUCACCGCUAUGGCGGACAUCUCGCAGGCCGCGACCUCGCUCCUGACGGAACAUCUGCAGUAUACUCCUCUGUCACUAAUCGACGACAUCAUCAACUCGGUCAACAACUUUGUGUACCAAGGCGUGGGCAGUUUGGAGACCGGGCUUUUGUCUACACCUCCUGAAAAACUGGGAUUUAAAGCGGUCCAGUCCGGCGACACCGACGCGCCUGAAUACCCUGAUGCAAAACAAGAGAUUGAGGAAGGCUUACACAAACUCGAGACGCUGUUGAAUUCCACGGUGGACAAGAACUUUGACAAAUUCGAGAUUUAUGUGCUGAGGAACGUCCUCUCCGUGCCAGCAGACCUGGUCAACUGGGUGCGCCUGAGCCACUACGAGAACAUUACAUUUCCGCCUCCUGAGAAUGCGCCUACGGCAGAACGCGUACAACUGUUGCGGCGGAAGCUCGCCGCGUCGCGGGCUGUAUCGAGAUCAUUGCUGGAAGAACAUACGCGCAACGAGGCAUUACUCCAGCAGCUGCGGGCAAUCGUAGGCCAGGGCAAAGGGAACGCCAAUACCACGGAUCUAUCAUUCUUGAUGAAUGGUGCCUUGACACAGAACCUUAAGACCACUCCGAACUCAGAUCAGCAGCCACUGACGAUCAACACCAACUUUGCCGUCUCUCAGCUGCCUGCGCUUCGGGCCUUGCUAGCCGAACUCCGACCAAAAUUGGCAGCCUUGCAGAACUCUCGCAAUGCUGGGGCAGCAUUCGACAGUGCCAAGGACGAACUACGUGAGGAACGCCGCGGUUAUAUUGAGCAGCGGACGCGGUCACAUCUUGAACGUCACGGCGAGCAUCUUGAGGAGAAGGCCCCAGUAGUGGCUGGCAAGAGAGUCGAUCCUGAUGAAGUCCGAGCCGUCGAGAAGGUUGCUUCUACGUUUGAUCCAGUAUAAGAUGGUUUCUGCAGCAGCAAACCUUUUCAUCGGCAUGGUGGCACGCGCACAUACCCGGACAGCGCCGAGCGGGAUACACAUGGUGAUCACCCAGAGACUCGCACUGCCACAUACACCCACGCAUAACCUACAUAGGUAGGCUUGAACAGUUGGAAGUUUCCAGGCUGCGGACCCUCGAACAAGAUACCUCUUUGGGACCAGACGAACAACUUCAUGCACCGACACUGCAAUAUGUUGUGCAUGGCGCAAGAGUCAUGUGUACCAAGAAACCAACGGUGGAGGCACAUUAAGCGUCUAGCACGACUUCGACGAUAUUGACGGUAACCUGCUCUUGAAAUGGCAGCCAGACAUAUCUGAGCGUGACCGGUUCAAGUGUAGCGCGCGCAGGCUGGAUCCGCGUAGCGAGGAGCGCUGCAAGCCUCAAGCCGCUGGUGAGUCGGAGUAGCCAUUUGUUGGAGCAGACUUGCAAGGUUCUGCUAUUCUGCCAUGACUCGUGCGGUGAGCUUUUCCCUCCAAGGUCAUGGCCUUGCCCGCAGAUCUCAAGAUGUGGAUCAUUCGAACAAGGAUUUCAGGUCGAGGCACAACAAGAUGGACCACUGGCGUGUCAGGAGGGGUAUCAGGCGGAACCGCAGCUCGAAGAGCAAGAGAACACAAAGUGAGAAGCCUUGCCUCGCUUGAGUGCUAGAGGGCACUAUUUAGGCGAGCCCUUGACGGCCACGGAUAUGCACGACGCAGUUUCCGUCGUCCGUGGUGGAGUGGGAAUGAGUUGGCAAACGCAUUAGUUGUAUGUGAGGAUGGGGUGUUGGUCCAGGUUGCUGACUAUGCUCUUCAAUCUGCGCAUACCUAUGUAUGCUGUGAUCAAGAGACAAGAUCAUAACACGACUGGAUGUCUUUCACUUCCCUCGUUACUGGCUCGUUUCAUCGUCGCUUGACUCGUGUUCGUUGCCGUAAAUAGACGAAGUCGACGGCUGUUCAAAGGCUGAGACUGCGCCCACUGUGACCGUCUCAGCCAAUCAGUGGGCGUAUCGCAGCCAAGCAGCAGCAACUGCAUCUGUAGCCGCUGGACUUUCAGCUUCUAUUCAAUCCUUGAUCUCUUC